AGAUAGAGAAUAUUGCUCGGUAAGAAGAAGACCAAAGCGCGAGUUUCUUGUGCAUGAGAGAAAUAGCAGCAGACGCCAACAAGAGGCCGCAAACAAAACUAUUAAUUUGUACAAAUUUUAUUUGAUCAGAAUCUUUACUUCAUAAUUAGAAUGGGUAAGGAGAAAGCGGGCAAAACAUUUAACAUCGGCGAUUUGGUGUUCGCAAAAGUGAAGGGCUAUCCAGCAUGGCCAGCAAAAAUAACAAAGUACCACAACAAAAAGUAUAAUGUUUACUUUUAUGGUACCGGAGAGACCGCUAAUAUAAAAGUUGAAGAUCUAUUCACAUAUGUGGAUAAUAAGGAGAAGUUCGCUAAUCCCAAGAAUAUGAAACGUGCAAAAUUUAGCGAUGCCAUCGAUCAAAUUGAGAGCGCAUUGCGAGGCGAGGACUCGGCGCCAAUCGAUUUGCCAAGCAGCGGCAACGAUGAUGGCAAUGACAGCACCAUGGAGUCGGUGCUAGAUGUAACAACCGAAUCUGUUGCCAGCACUACUACAGUGGAUUCUGUGGCAGCUACGGAUAGCACCGAGGCAACGCAGCCAGUGCAGCCGAAAGCGCGUGGAGCGGCUGGAGGCGCGACAGCUGGUCGCAAGGCGAAGGCGGCACCAAAGCACGUGGAUGGCGAUACAGAGGAUGGUAGCACCGAUACAUUGGAGACGCCGCCGCCGACAAAGAGACGUGCUCCACCAGAAAGCAUUUCCGGCAAAAAGUCCGUAAAGAAAUCGAAGCCAAUGGCUGCGGUGACGCCCAUGCAGAAGCGUGCGCGGCACUCAAAUGUCAUACAGAAUAAUCUGCUUAUGGUGUAUAUGCCUACGGCGAAAUGUUUGGGCAUCAAUAUGAACUACAAUAAGCCCGCCAGCUUUGAGAGUCCGGCUGCGGAACAGGCCUGGUUGGAGAAGUCACGCAAAGAGGCCAUUGAGUUGAAAUUGAAACUGGAGUCGGGACAAAUCGAUGCGGAAUCAAUGCCGGAACGUAUUAUCAUUGAGCCAGUACGCAAUGAAAUACCCAAACAGGAGGCAGUGCGUUUCAUCGAGGAGCUCAUCGAGCAGGAGGAUGCGUUGUUUAUGGAACGUGAUUUUAUACAAUUGUCGCAGCAGCUGCGCGAAUGCCUGGGACUACGGCGCGCCAAUGUGGGCCGAUGCCUGGAGAUCUUGGAGCAGUUGAAGGACAUUGAAUUGAAUAAAUUGAUGUUGCUGCGAAAUCCGGAAUGUGUAGACAUAAUGCGCCGGUUACGUCGCUAUGUGGGUAACUUGGAACUAUGGAAAAUGGAUAUAUCGGAUGAGCUGGAGUUCAAAGAGAAGGCGCAAAUCAUACGUAAAGUCUCGACAGGCAUAUACGAUGGCUUUAAGGCGGUUUUCAAUCCUGACAGCGAGCCGGAGGAGAACUUUUGGGUAGACUUUUGCGAAAAAGUUAAGAUCUACAAGAACUAUACGAAAAACAUCAACGAUAAUCUGCGCGUCUCGAUGAGCGAGAGUAGCUAUCAGAAUUUGGUCAAGAGUAAGGAGCAGGAGGAGGCCUCUUCCACGGAUUUGGUCGAAAACUGAGAGCAUCACCAGAUCCCAGCUAAUAACAACUUAAGUUAACUUUAAGUAUAACAAAAAUUCAAUUCACACCUAAGCGUACAGCUGAAUGUGAGGCACCGAUUACUAAACCCUUCUUAGAGCCAUUGAAAUUGACAUUUGAAUCAAUUAAACUGGUUGCAAUUA